CCGGCACGUCACUGGCACUGAGCUUGAGACCAGACCCAGAGACUGAAGAAGAGGGAAAGUUCUCAUUUCUAUUUAUUCGUUUAUUUAAUAUCGAGGAACAGAAGGCGGGGGUUUGCGGGUGCGCGAGAGCAAGGCUGGACUGGCCCGGGGGCGUAGACACGUCGGUACACUCAGAGGAUCCGCGGGAGGGAUCCACCGCGACCCGAGGGGCUCCAGCAGCUGCAGGCGCCCGAACUCAGCAGCUUCUCUCCCCGCAGGACCACUUCUUCCCGCCACCUUCAGCCCCACCCUCCGACGAUGCGGCUCCUUGGGAAAUUUCGCUCCUCGGCCGUAGGCAGCGCCGUUCCGGAGCUCACCUUCUCCAACGUGCUCACCCCGGGCCGCAUCCCUGAGUUUUGCAUCCCGCCGCGGCUGCCGGCGCCCUGCGCGCUCGAGUCUCCGCCCCCGGCCGCCGCGCUGCCCCGGCGGUGCGCAGCCGAGCAGGACCUGUGGCCCCGCGCAGCUGACGAGGGCGCCGGCCCCACCGACUGGGACCCGCGCUCGCAGGCGGCGCUCUCGCUGCCGCACCUGCCCCGCGCGCGCACCGCCUACGGCUUCUGCGCGCUGCUCGAGAGCCCGCACACGCGCCGCAAGGAGUCGCUCUUCCACGGGGACCCCGGCGCCGCCGCGCUCCUCCGCCCCCGGACCCACACCUACGGCGGCGGCGGCGGCGGCGGCGGCGGCCGAGACGGCCCCGUCGUGCCUGUGAGACCGGAUCCUGCCGUCAUCCCCGCAGCCCUGGGCUGCCCCAGCCCUCCCCGGGACGCCCUCUCCCCGCGGUUCUGCGGCUGCCGCCUCCUGCGCGCCCCCGACGGGCUGCUGAGCCGCGCGCUGCGCGCCCGGAGGAGUCGCGGUCUGGCCCGCGCCCGCUCAGUCUCCAGCGGGGACGAGGACGAGGAGCGCGGCGCCGGCCCGGAGUCCCCCACCCGAGCCCCCUCCGAGCGCCCGCAGCCGCUCCCCGGCCCGCGGCCCGAGCGCCUGGAGGCCGAGGGCACCGUGGCUCUGGGCCGCGCGGGCGGCGUGCUGCGCCUGGCCGCCGAGUACUGUCCGGCCAGCGGGCGCCUCCGCAUCCGGCUGCUCCGCGUCGAGGGUCUGGCCGGAGGCGCCUCGGAGCCCCGCGCCGUCGGCUGCCGCAUCAGCCUGGUCCUGCAGCCGCCCCGCACGACGCGCAAGCAGCGCAGCUCCGUGCUGCGGCCGAGCCGCAAGGCCGCGCUCGACCAGGACUUCUGCUUCGACGGGCUCACGGAGGACGAGGUGCGCCGCCUGGCCGUGCGCGUCAAGGCCGAGGACAAGGGCCGCGGCCUGGAGCGGGGCCGCCUGCUGGGCCAGGGCGAGCUGCCGCUGGGCGCCCUCCUGCUCGUCUGAGGCCCGGCCCUGCCUCGGGCCGCUUUCUGCCCGCUGGGGGACUCUGGACUCUGACAGCUGCUUUGUACAAAAUAAAUGUUAAUUU